AUGGUCGCUGCAGCCAUCACCACCGGUGCCUUCACCACCCGCGAUCUAUUCACUCUCCUGGCACUUCUCUGUUAUUCUGGUGAGAUCGUGGCAUCAUAUACCUUCGUGAUCGAGAACUACAGCGUCGUGAAAGGAAAUGUGCUAGGGCAUUACAAAGUGUUCAGUUUAGGAGAAUGCUCUUUACGUUGCUUAGAGCGAGUAGACUGUGCCGGAUUCAACUACUUCAUCACCAGCGACGAAAAAGCUCACUGCCUACUUGUUGGUAGCAGCAAAGCCGCGUCAGACGCUAAGCUUCCAAUUCCAGAAGCUGUCCUCUACGGAGCUAAGAAGAUCUUACUAAAAGACUACGGUCGCAAAUCUCGCAAAGAUUACAUGCUUUGGUGUGACAAUGAGGUCCAUGUUGUGGGAUUUACUGAGGAGCAGAGGAGGGAGAGAAUGGUGUCGUGGAGCAGCCACGAAUUGCUCAAGAAGGACGUUUGCCUUCUUGAGAAACUUUCCAAUCUAGAGACUCGGAACAAAGGGAUUGUUUUUGAGACUACAACUGGAAAUACCACUGAGCAGUGCCUAAACAUGUGCCUAGACAGCGCCGACUGUCGAGCAGCGCAAUUCAAUCGCCGCACGACAGCAUGUGAUCUGCUCAUGGCCUCACCAAAUACCGUAUACAACAUCAGAAAUCAUUUCAGCUACAGUGAAGAUGUGGAUAUUUACGAGAACAAUUGCGUCGAAGGUAAGCAGAUCAAAUUUUCAAGCAGA